AUGAACUCCCCCGACUAUCGCACCCACGAUGGCCAUCUCAAACACCUUCUUGACCAGCGAGCGGCUCGCGCCGACCUCCACGGCCGUUUCCCCUCCCUCUCAGAGUUCUCAGACUCCCCCUCCCUAUAUAGCCAUCCCCAGUUCUCCCCACGCACCCCAGACCGUUCCGUCUUGGACGGCCAUCCCAAUUCCUUCCGUUUCCCCCAGAGUCCCAGAACUUACGUUCCCCCUCUCCCCGAACCGCGCUCCCCCAUCACCGACAGAGAGCGUUUGAACUUUCCCAACGCUUCCAGCCUCGACCUCGAGGACGACCCGCGCUCUUCCUCCGAGCUUAAUAGCACACAAGAUGACGAUGAGUUUGACACCCCUGCCGAGCCUGCAGAUGACGAGCCCCGGAUCAGCAUGUAUGGUCCAAAAAUGCGCUUUCACUCUCCGGCCCCAUGGGAAGAGGACGAUGAUCUGGACGCAAAGAGCGUCGUCGAAGAACAUUCACUCCCGAAGCGUGUCAAGAAGAAGUCCGAGUCUGGCAAGAAAGGCUGGCCGCUCUCUAGAGGCAGCAGUGAGGCCCGUCCGAGCAACGAGUCCUCCCGUUCCGGCAAGGGCAAGCAGUCAUUCGACAAUGCCUCGACCACCUCCUGCUGCAGUGCCCUCGCCCAGGCUUCCAUGUCUUCCACCUCGCUCGCAAUGCAUCAGUCGCCCCAUUCUCUGCGGGACAAGCUGUCUCUGCCUCGACUGCGAUCCCGUACUCCAUCUAAUGUUGGCCAUCACGAUGCGUUCUCGCCGUCAAAUGCUUCCCCCAUCAACCGAAAUGCUACACCGCCUCACGCGGACGCGUUUGGAGACAACCGUUCCGUGUUCGGACAUUCGUCUAGUCCAUCUGUAGGAAGCUCUCUCCAGGAGUAUUCCCAUCCAUAUGCGAAUCCGGACCUCGCACGAGCCGUAGAUGUUGAUCUCCCGCCACCGUCUCCAAGUGUCGUAGCGUUCGGCACGAGUCGCGUGGACUCAAGUGCGACACUCACCGAUACGACGUCCAGCAGCAGCAUGUCCCAGUUCCGUUCUACCAUCACCCUCGGGUUGUCCCCUGGCACGUCGACCACUUCCGUGAACCCAACCCUGAACGAGUCUGGUUCCUCUUCGUCUCGUUUCAAGGGCAUCUCGUCUCCCAUGCCGGUCGACAAAGCCUCGCUCCACCCAGAACAGCUCAGCAAGCUGAACGGCUUUCAAUCUCCGAUCGCCCCUGCGAGCGGCGCAAGCCCCAUAGUCAGGAAUCGCGACACCUCUCAGCCUGGGAUCCCGAUGGGCGGUGUCCAUGCGUGGGAGGCUGCUAGCACUGGAGCCGCUGGAGGCGGAGGUGGGGGCGCGUUGAAGCUCAUCUCGCUGGAGGAGGCACAGGCGCAGGCGCGCGAGCGGUCACGGAGCCAGACGGCUCAUCCGACUAUCUCGAGUCCUUUCGUGGCGUCGAAACCGCUGUUCUCAGAUCCGGACAUGGAUGCGCAGCGUGCGCAGGGGCGGGCGCGCUCGAGCAGCGCGGGCGGUGUGAAGGGCCGAGGUAUGUUCGAGUCACCCACGCGUUACACCCCCGGCGACUCCCCCAUCAGCGGGCCGACAAGGCAAGUGGGCAGGAAGAAGAGCGGAUUCAUGCGUCUGUUCAAUGGGAAGGAGCGCAUAUCGCCAAAUUCUCCACCCCCACCAGUCCCGGUAUUCAGCCAGGACGCUUUUGCGGCCGUUCCCCCACCACCGCCACCUCAGUAUGCCCGUCCGCGCCAGGGAUCGACACAUCGAGUUCCUGUGCCGCCGUUGUCGCCGCCUAACCUCAGCGAUGGUGCCAGCUCGCCUAUUGAGUCCCCUUCUUAUUCUUCUGGCGGCUCGUCUGGGUCCACGUCCGGCGGCUUGCGCGAGCAACAGGCACAGUUGAACGUACGGCGGAGAGCGCCCGACCUUUCGAUCGUCACCUCCCCGUCCUUAUCCAACAAUUUGACUGUGAAGAUUCCCCACACCGCCCCGCUGUCCGCGGGUUCAACUGAACACGCCCACCAGCACUUGACCCCAACGACGGCCGUGAACCAUGCAGAGAUGCGCUCGCAUAACAGCUCACCCAACAGCGCUCCCCCGAGCAAAACCGAGUUCGUGGGGCUCAGCAUCCGCCCAAUGUCCACGCUCUUCACGAACGACCUCAAGGAGCUUGCGUCCAAGCACGACCCCUCUCUGCGCCAGCGGCCGUCUCUCGAGCUCGACACUGGCACCCCCACCACCGCAACGACGGCCAUCUCCCCCCUCAGCCCCGACUCCCCAAACGCGAAGGCCCUCGGCUACGGCGGACGCUCGAGCGACGAGAAGUCUGGGCACAUCUCCAUCGCGCACGACGACCGCGACCAGUCGAGCGUCAUCCAGGCGCUGCAGGAGCAGAUAUUGUCCACGCGCCGUGCGUGGCAGCGCCAGAUCUGGGAGCUCGAGGGCCAGGUGCGCGACCUCAAGGCGGAGGUGGAGGAGCUCCGCGCGGCGGACGCCGGCAGCGAGUUCUGCGCGGCGUGUGGCCGCGGGGCGCUCGGGCGCCCGGCGGGGGACGGCGCGAGCGCGGGCGCGGACGGGCGGACGGUCGAGGAGCUGAAGAAGGCUGGCGUGAAGGUCGGCGGGGUCGUGAACAGGCCUCGCGCGCGCACGGGCGUCGGCUCGCGGUUCGCGGCGAGGGAUUGA